AGUGGAGUAAGUGUGGAAGAAAUGAAUUUCAAUGCAGAAAUGGAUAUUGCAUCCCUUACAAAUGGAUCUGCGAUGGCAACCCUGAAUGCCAGGAUGGUUCUGAUGAAUCCCUGGAUGCCUGCAAAUCUGUGACUUGCAGUUCAGCCCAGUUCAGCUGUGGCGGUCGCAUCAAUCGUUGUAUUGAUAUGUCCUGGCGGUGUGACUUGGAAGUGGAUUGUGACAAUGGCUCAGAUGAAGACAACUGCCCUCCUAAACGUUGUACAGAUAAUCAAUUCCAAUGCCAAAAUGGGAAUUGUAUUACUUUUGAUUUUCUCUGUGAUGAAGAUGAUGACUGUGGCGAUAGCAGUGAUGAAUUAGAUUGUCGUGCGCCAACUUGCAAUCCUGAAAUGUUUCAUUGCAAUAGCUCAGAGUGCAUCCCCAAGCUCUGGGCCUGCGACAAUGAAGCAGACUGUAAAGAUGAAUCUGAUGAAUCACCCGAGGUCUGUGGGAUCCAGCAGAGAGCCAGCAAAACCAAUCCGUGCUCUCCAUUGGAGUUCCACUGUGGGAGUGGCGAGUGCAUCCACCAGCGCUGGCAGUGUGAUGGAAGCUUUGACUGUAAGGACAAAUCAGAUGAGGCAAACUGUGGUAAGCAUAAACUGAGCACUUCUGUGGACUCUCUGCAAAAACUAGGGGAG